AUGGAUCUACUGGCUUUCGAGCAAAAACUUGAUGCUACAAUAACACGCAAGAAACUUGAUAUUCAGGAAGCUCUCAAAAGGCCUCAAAAAGUGAAGAAAAGAUUGCGUAUUUACAUUUCACACACAUUCAUAGCUGGAAAGGAACCAGAAAAGGAAGGAGAUGAGGGCACUGUUCCGAUGUGGGAGCUGCGCGUUGAAGGCCGACUGAUCGAAGAUCAGGCCAACGGAUCUACUGCCGCCUCCGGUCAUUCAACGCCAGCACCUCCUACGCGUCCUUUGCCCAAACGGAAGUUCAGCUCUUUCUUCAAAAGCCUAGUAUGUUUACGAAUUGUUGUUGUCUUAUGCUUAGUGUGCAAAAGCACUGAUUGUGAAUGA